UCUUAAUUCGAUUUUGAGUCUCUGUUUCUGUCUCUUCUCUUGAGAUUGCGAUAAUGAGAGAACGGAUUCUUACAUUCGUUUCGCUGCUUCUCGUAGCUUUGCUUUCGUUUUCUAAUCUUUGCUACUGUGACGACCAAACGAUCCUGUAUGAAUCGUUCGACGAGCCUUUUGAUGGUCGCUGGAUCGUUUCAGAGAAAGCUGAAUACCAAGGUGUGUGGAAGCACGAGAAGAGUGAAGGACAUGAUGAUUAUGGACUUUUAGUGAGUGAGAAGGCUAAAAAGUACGGAAUUGUUAAAGAGCUUGAUGUUGAUGAGCCUCUAAACCUUAACGAAGGAACUGUUGUUCUGCAAUACGAGGCUCGUUUCCAAGAAGGGCUUGAGUGUGGUGGUGCUUACUUAAAGUAUCUUCGUCCUCAAGAAGCUGGAUGGGUUCCUCAAGGUUUUGAUAAUGAUUCUCCUUACUCUAUUAUGUUUGGACCUGAUAAGUGUGGUGCUACCAACAAGGUUCAUUUCAUCUUGAAGCAUAAGAAUCCCAAGAGUGGCGAGUUUGUUGAGCACCAUCUCAAGUUCCCUCCUUCUGUUCCGUUUGACAAGCUUUCUCAUGUCUACACUGCAAUCUUGAAACCUGAUAAUGAGGUGAGGAUUUUGGUUGAUGGUGAGGAAAAGAAGAAGGGUAAUUUACUGUCGGCUGAAGAUUUUGAGCCUCCGUUGAUCCCUUCCAAGACCAUCCCUGAUCCAGAGGACAAGAAACCAGAAGACUGGGAUGAGAGAGCCAAGAUUCCUGAUCCUAAUGCUGUGAAGCCUGAUGACUGGGAUGAGGAUGCACCCAUGGAGAUUGAAGAUGAGGAAGCUGAGAAACCCCAAGGAUGGUUGGAUGAUGAGCCUGAAGAGGUUGAAGACCCCGAGGCAAGCAAGCCUGAAGAUUGGGAUGAUGAAGAAGAUGGUGAGUGGGAGGCUCCUAAGGUUUCCAACCCCAAGUGUGAGGCAGCACCCGGAUGUGGCGAAUGGAAGAGACCGAUGAAGAGAAACCCUGCUUACAAGGGUAAAUGGAGCUCACCUCUCAUAGAUAACCCAGCUUACAAGGGAAUCUGGAAACCCAGAGACAUUCCAAACCCUGAUUAUUUUGAGCUUGAGAGGCCGAAUUUGGAACCCAUUGCUGCCAUUGGUAUUGAGAUUUGGACAAUGCAAGACGGUAUCUUAUUUGACAACAUCUUGAUAGCUAAAGACGAGAAGGUCGCGGAAACAUACAGACAAAGCACUUGGAAGCCCAAGUUUGAUGUGGAGAAAGAGAAACAAAAGGCAGAGGAUGAAGCUGCUGGUGAGGCAGAUGGUCUCAAGAGCUACCAGAAGAAGGUGUUCGACCUCUUAUACAAGGUUGCAGACAUUUCUUUCCUAAGUGCGUACAAGUCAAAGAUCAUGGAACUCAUUGAGAAAGCUGAAACACAGCCAAACUUAACAAUCGGUGUGCUCAUUUCCGUUGUUGUUGUCUUCCUCUCUCUCUUCUUCAAGCUCAUAUUUGGUGGUGCAAAGGCUAAGGUAGAAAAGAAGAAACCGGAAACAGCAGCAGAGACCUCGACAAGCGAGGCAAAGACAGAGGAAAAGGAAGAAACAGCGCCUGCACCACGAAAGAGACAGACGAGACAACUUGCUCCAACGACCAUAUCUGGUAAAACUUGGAUUAAACUCACCAUCUUAGGCGCCAUAAGAGAAGAUAGAGUAACGGUCUUUUCCGGUGGAGGUUCAGCUCUGCUGAGGCUCAAAGCUGUGAUCACUAAGCAGUCUCUGGAGGUAACAACAGCCUUCACUCUUCCUUCGAGCCAUUGGUUUUCAGUCACUGAUGCCAUGUUCACUGGCUAAGACCUUAGAACAAAGACAUUUCAACAAA